AUGACGGCCCCGGCACUAAGAGUUACCGUAGAUGGCGACAACAACAAGAUAUACCAAGCAGGAGAAAAGGUCAAGGGUCAGGUCUGGUUGGCAGUAGAAGAGCAAAAGGAGGUUGCAUCACUGAAGUUGGUCUUCGCCGGGAGUUGUAUUACCAAGACCACUAGGCCACUGCACACACAUGGCAACAACGACGCCACUCCAUCAAGACAAACCUAUGAGGAAAAGAUACGACUGUUCAACCGAGAAAAACAUCUGCUUUCCCACUGCAGACUUGGACCAAAGAAAUAUUCCUGGGAUUUUGAAUUCAUCUUCCCAGCAUCCACCGAACCUCAGUACAAACGCUCGACACACGGAGACAACUACCUCUGGGAACCACAUCCACUCCCGCCGACAUUCCACCUGAAAACAAAUGUCCCGAACGGUACAGCACAAAUAUCAUACUUUGUCCAGGCAAGACUCAUCCUAUUCGGCUCCACAGAAACAAAGAGAUGCAAGCAAACACUCCGCUACCACCCCAAACCACCCGCACACUCAAUCUCCCGCUCCCGCUCUACCUCCUCCGUCCUCUACGGCCAAUCCUGGAAGCCCACCCGCGAAAAAGACGAAUCCCGCGUGAAAAAAGUAUUCUCAGGCGUCUCCAUGAACUCAACCCCGCGCAUCGUCCCUACGCUCUACCACCCCAUCUGCGUCGGCCCCGGCGGCCACAUCCCCCUCUCCCUCAACCUCCUCAACGCGCGCGACCCCGCCAACCACGCCGAGCGCCACUGCACCAUCUCCACCCUCUCCGUCGUCAUAUCCACCCACUCCACCACCAUGUGCGGAAACUCAUCUUCCUACCCCGAAGACACCGUUGCCAAACACGUAACCUGCAUCUCGCGUUCAGACAUGCAGACGCAAAUCCCCUUCAACAAAACCGUGGCCCUCACCUCAAAUUCUUUCCGCCUCCUCGACGACGCAGAGUGUAUCCCCUCGUUUAAAACAUACACCAUUACCCGCCGCUACACUCUCAGCGUCACCGUCGGUAUCCAAUACAACGACCAGCACUUCACCGUCACAUCUACAACUCCGCUAGAAAUUCUACCGCGCCUCCGCCGUCGUGCAUCGACUUUGCCACCGGCACAGGACGAAGAAGAGGAUGUAGAACCUCUGCCUGUAUAUAGUCCCAGGGAACCCCCCGACAGAGAAUUCGCUCCAGAUUACGAAGACAUUUUCAAUUCGCUGUCGCGUACGCCGUCGAGUCCAGAGUCGCUGCUGUCCAGGGUCGAGUCGAGUAGUUCGAGUUUGUUCUCACACGGAUCCGGGGUUAGUACUGUGGCGAGUACGCCUGGGGUUGAGGUCGAGCACAUGAGGUUCGAGAGGAUUGUGUGA